CAAUCAGCGACGCUCGGACUUUGGGAAACGGACUAGAGGAUUUCCAAGAUGGUGCUCGAAAGUACUAUGGUCUGUGUAGACAACAGUGAAUACAUGAGGAAUGGAGAUUUCCUGCCCACUAGAUUACAGGCACAGCAGGAUGCCGUCAACAUUGUCUGUCACUCAAAGACCUGUAGUAACCCAGAGAACAAUGUGGGCCUAAUCACAAUGGCAGAUAAUUGUGAGGUCCUAACCACCUUAACACCAGACCCUGGCCGCAUUCUUUCAAAGCUCCAUGCGGUUCAGCCACUUGGAAAAAUCUCAUUCUGCACCAGCAUACAAGUGGCACACUUGGCACUAAAGCAUAGACAAGGCAAGAACCACAAGAUGAGGAUUUUGUUGUUGUUGUUGUUUAUUAUAAAUCCUUUUAAGAUGGUGAAGUUGGCAAAGCGGUUGAAAAAAGAAAAGGUCAAUGUUGAUGUGAUAAAUUUUGGAGAAGAGGAGAUGAACACAGAGAAACUAACUGCAUUUGUGAACACUCUGAAUGGAAAGGAGGGCACAGGUUCUCAUCUGGUCACGGUGCCCCCUGGGCCCAGCCUGGCUGAUGCCCUGCUGUCUUCUCCCAUCCUGGUUGGUGAGGGUGGUACCAUGAUGGGCCUGGGUGCAAGUGACUUUGAGUUUGGAGUGGACCCCAGUGCGGACCCAGAACUGGCCCUGGCUCUGCGUGUAUCUAUGGAGGAACAAAGGCAGAGGCAGGAAGAGGAGGCUCGUAGGGCGACUGUCCAAUCAGCAGCUGAGGCUGGCAUUCCCACCUCAACCGCUGACGAAUCAGAGGAAGCUCUUCUGAAGAUGUCUGCCUCUCAGCCUGAGACUGGUGUGGCAGCACUGCCGGACUUCAGCAGCAUGACAGAGGAGGAGCAGAUAGCCUAUGCCAUGCAGAUGUCCCUGGCAGGUGGAGAAUUUGGAGAAUCAGUGGAUACGGGAGCUGCAAUGGACACUGCGGAAUCCAAGGAAGAGGAUGAUUAUGAUGUAAUGCAGGACCCAGAAUUCCUCCAAAGUGUCCUGGAGAAUCUACCUGGUGUUGAUCCCAACAAUGAGGCCAUCCGCAAUGCCAUGGGCUCCCUAACCUCUCAGAGUGGUAACAAACAAGAGGGGAAAAAAGAUGAGAAGAAGAAUUAAAUUCAAGUGUUCUGUUACUGAUUGAUGUACAUGCCAUUUGACAUGUGAAAUGAGUUCCUUCAAAAAGUAGCCAUCAAAAGUCCUUAUAAAAGCCGUUUUAGAUGCAUAUGGAGUUGCUGAGACAUUCACUACCAAAUUACUGCAGUGUUGUGUGGUACCUCAAAAAUUCACACAUAGCUUGCUAAUGAUCUUUUCCCCCUUCUGCUCUGUGCAUAACUGAUUAAAUAUUUGAUAAACCCAUGCAAA